UCGCACACAUCAGUUUAAUCAUCACAUCGCAAAUAGCGAACUUUCGCCGCCUGUUUAAAUCAUUUAACCGUACAAUUUUAGACACAAUCAUGUUUAUGUUUAUUUGGACAACUGUAUUGCUUUUUAAUGUCCUGUCAAUAUAUACCAGAAUUGCACAUUCUAUUGAAAGUGAUUUUUGCAUUCCUCAUAGGCUGGAUCAUCCAAAUUCUGCUAAACACAAUUUUGUUAGCAACGAGGAGGAAGCAGGACAAGCAGCACUUUUUAAAAUUAACGCGUUCAAGCAGGAGUUUGUUCUCAGUUUGCAUCCAGAUUCCAAUUUCCUUGCGCCUGCCUUCUUUGAUGAAGGCGAUACUUCAUCCCAAAAUACCGGUGCAAGCUCAGAUCUGAGUCGGUGCUUCUACUCUGGGGUUGUUAAUUCUGACCGGGAUUCCUAUGCAGCUGUGAGUCUGUGCAAAGGUAUUCAAGGUGCUUUUGGGUACAAAGGGUGGGAAUAUUUCAUCAAUCCAGUACAGAAUGGCACGGAAUCGGAACACACAGGAAAUGCGGAGAGACCGCACUUUCUCCGCCGCCGAAACACUGCGCACGACAGCGGCAAUUCAACUUCCAGAUGUGGAGUGGACUCUGGUUUAAACCAGGACAUUUUACAGUUUUUGGAAAAAUAUAAACACAUCCAUGGACACGUUAACGGGAACGCGACUGAAACGGUGUUAAAAACCUUGGGUCGCUCGAAAAGAUUUGCCUCCAUUCCCAGAUAUGUGGAAGCCCUCGUCGUUGCCGAUGAGUCCAUGGAGAAAUUCCACGGGGACGACCUUAAACAUUACCUUUUGACCCUCAUGUCAGUGGCGGCCAAGCUUUACAAGCAUCCCAGCAUUCUCAACUCCAUCAACAUCGUGGUCGUCAAGUUCAUAGUCAUUAGCGAAGCUGACAAAGGACCCAAGGUUUCCGGUAACGCAGCUAUGACUUUGCGCAAUUUCUGCACCUGGCAGAAAAAGUUGAACAAAAAUAAUGACAAACAUCCCGAGUAUUGGGAUACCGCGAUCCUUUUCACCAAACAGGACCUGUGCGGUGCCUCAACCUGUGACACUUUGGGGAUGGCGGAUGUGGGCACCAUGUGUGACUCCAAGAGGAGCUGCUCUGUGAUUGAGGACGACGGACUUCCCUCUGCGUUCACCACGGCACAUGAACUGGGGCACGUCUUCAACAUGCCACAUGACAACGUGAAGGCCUGCGAGGAGGUCUUUGGGAAGAUGAAGGACAACCACAUGAUGUCCCCUACCCUGAUACAAAUCGACCGCACCAAUCCCUGGUCCGCCUGCAGUGCCGCCAUCAUCACUGACUUUCUGGACAGUGGCCACGGAGACUGCCUGCUGGAUCAGCCCCAGAAGCUCCUGGCCCUGCCGGAGAUGCUCCCGGGCACAAGCUACAGCCUGAGCCGGCAGUGUGAGCUGGCAUUUGGGGAGGGCUCCAAGCCCUGCCCUUACAUGCAGUCCUGCUCCAAGCUGUGGUGCACCGGCAAGGCCCGGGGCCAGCUGGUCUGCCAGACCCGCCACUUCCCCUGGGCCGACGGCACCAGCUGCGGAGACAACAUGUUGUGUGUGCGCGGGGUCUGCACCGACAAGCGCAAUGCCACCAGGGACAAGGUGGAUGGCCGAUGGGGCAAGUGGGGAGCGUUCGGCCCCUGUUCCCGUACCUGCGGAGGGGGCGUGGAGCUGGCCAAGAGGGAGUGCGACAACCCUGUACCAGCUUUUGGCGGGAAGUACUGCCAGGGAGUGCGUGUCAAGUAUCGCUCCUGCAACCUGAACGUCUGCCCAGAUGCAGUUAAAAGCUUUCGGGAGGAGCAGUGUGAGGCCUUCAAUGGGUUCAACCUCAACACCAACAGGCUCAGCCCAUCUGUGGCAUGGGUCCCCAAAUACUCUGGGGUGUCCCCGAAGGACAAGUGCAAGCUUAUCUGCAGAGCCAAUGGAACAGGCUACUUCUAUGUGCUCGCUCCAAAGGUGGUGGACGGGACCCCCUGUACCCCAGACUCCUCCGCUGUCUGCGUCCAGGGGAAGUGCAUCAAGGCCGGCUGUGACGGAAAACUGGGCUCCGACAAGAAGUUCAACAAGUGUGGUGUGUGUGGAGGGGACAACCGAAGCUGCAAGAAGGUCUCAGGCCUCUUCACCAAACCACUACACGGCUACAACUUUGUGGUGAUGCUCCCCACGGGAGCCACCAAUGUGGACGUCCGGCAGCGGGGCUACAAGGGCAUGGUCAGCGACGACAACUACCUGGCGGUGAAGAACAGCCAGGGCAUGUACCUGCUGAAUGGAAACUACGUGGUGUCGGCGGUGGAGAGGGACAUCAUAGUGCGAGGUAGCCUGCUGAGGUACAGCGGCACCACCACCGCCACCGAGACCCUCCAGUCCUCCAUGCCCCUCCAGGAGGCCCUCACCGUGGAGGUGCUCUCCGUGGGCAAGAUGACGCCUCCGCGCAUCCGCUACUCCUUCUACCUGGCCAAGGAGAAGAAGGAGGACAAGCUCCUGAUGAAGGAGGCUCGGACCCACUCUCAGAACAGCGUGCUGGAGGAGGCGGAGAAAUUGGAGGUGCAGAAGGCGUCGUUCCGCAGGCCCGUGCUGAAGUGGACGGUGGCCAACUGGGACGAGUGCUCGGUGACCUGCGGGAGCGGGCUGCAGAGGCGGCUCGUGCAGUGCCUGGACUCGCACGGGCAGCCCGCGUCCGACUGCGACGCCGCCCAGAGGCCCAGCGCCGUGAGGUCGUGCGGGGACCCCUGUCCCAUGUGGGAUGUGGGGGAUUGGUCCCCCUGCUCCAAAACCUGCGGGAAAGGUUUCAAACGACGCGUGCUGCGCUGCGCCACCCAGACGGGCCUGCUCUUGCCUCGGGAUCACUGCGUCGGCAAACGGAAGCCGCAGGAACUGGACUUCUGCAAAUUACCUCCCUGUUAACGAUCCCCCCUCCCAUAAUUUCCAAAAGACACGUUUUAUUUUUUGUCAAAAUGUAUGCAAAAAACUAAACAAACAAGAAAAAACUCAUUAACGAUCCAGAACUGGGUUUGUUCUGGUGCAUCUGCUUGCUACAUGGGCCCCUUGAGAGGAAAAUAUAAAACAGGGUAUGGGUGUAACGGUGAAAGAGGUAUAUGAGAGAGAGGUACAAACUGUGGAGCCAAUUGUUUCAUUCAUAUGGAGCUGGUGUUACACAGAGAUGAUGACCUCUGAUCAUAACUGUGUAGUAAACACACAGUUUCACACAUGCAACACAUACACACCUGUUACAUGCAAAUGUGCCCAAUAUGCAUAUGUUUAUGGUGUGAUUUGUCUGGACUCUUGACAACGACCAAAGUAGAGAACCUAAGUUUAAAAAAUAACCAAGAAAGCAGUCAUUUGGAUUACUGAGGAACUGGCCUUACCUAUAAAAGUAACAUUUAUAUAUAAUUAUAAAUAUUCAAUAUAUUUUUCAAUAUUCCAAGAUAGAUUUCAGAUAUAUCUACCACUGCCACUGGCAUACACACCUAUGCAUUUUAAACAUAUAUUUUAGAACAUAGAAAUAUAUUUUUAUUUACACUAUGUUUUUAUAAUUACAGUGGCAUGAUAAAAUCACAACAGCAAAAGCAAUAAUAACUGAUAUAUUUGGCAAGGUUGACGCAGUAUGUUCAAUUAUUGUGAAAUACGAUCCUUGCUGUAUAUUUAAAUAUUGAAUAUUUAUUUACUUUAAUAUCAAAUAUUAAUGCCCAUUAAUGAAUAAACUGUGUGUUUCAUAUGUUUGAAUAUUUCCACUUAACUGAAAUAAUUCUGAAAAAACUGUGAAGUUUUAUCUGCAAAUGUUUCUAAAUAGGGAAUUCUUAGGGUUUGGACAAGAUUCAAAUAAUAGUUUUGGGUGGUAGCCUAAGGUGUUUAAUAGUGUAAAUUGCUAUAAUCUUUUUGUAUGUCAAAGACAUACUCAAGGAUAUAUAAUAGUAAUAAUAGUAUUGUCAUAUUUGGUGCCAUCAUUCCAAAUUCGGUUAUAUUACAAAAUGUGAAAAGCCAAUGCCGUUUAGGAUAUUCUGGCAUAGACAAGUACUCAAUAGGUGAAACUCAUUCAGUUGCUGUGGCAAAUCAAUUGGACCUGCUAUGAACCCUGAAAUACACUCUUUUGAUUAUGCAUUACUGGAACUACACAUCAUGAGGCCUACAUAACAUUGUCAGAAGCAUGACAUAGAACCUCUCAUAAUGAGUAAUGACAGAUUCAUGACAGCGUAUUACAGCUUAUGAACACUAUAAUAACACUGUCAUAAAUCAUAGUUGUGAUUUUGAAACAGUUGUUUUAAAUGUUUUGUUAAAUUCACUGUGGUCUUAAUGCCAUUGGUCUAAGUUAAUGGCACGGGUUAUGUCUUGCUUAGGUUUAUGUUAUGUAGGCUUCAUGACAAAUACAUAGUUCACUAAGAGUCAUGAAAAAAUGAUAAAAAAUGAUAAAGUAACUAAAUAAACAGUAAUCUCAGCAAAACUCUUCAGUAGAACUACCUGCAGACUGGUCUUAAAUUCCCCCCCAAAAAUUCCAAAGAUAAAAUUCUGAUACGAAACAGAAACAUGGUAAACACCUUGUUUUCCCUUCAUCAGCCGAGGGAGGAGAACGGUGUCAUCUCUAUUUCAUGGUGACCCAGGCUAGAUUGUAUCCUCCGGCAUUUUGCAAUAUUAUCCUGAACGUGAGCGUAGAGCAUGUCCAAUAAAGGAGUGGGCUGUGCUCAAUAUCUCACUUACUGCAGGAAAAGGAAAAUCAUUUUGGGAAUAACAACUUAAAAAAAUAAACUGACUGACAUGCCACAAUAUUUUAAUAAAUGAAAUGUAGCCAGUAUUAUGGAUCAUCCACUUUCCUGCAUUCCCAAAUCCUGCUGUACAUUUUCUAUGUACUCUUUUAAUUUUGGAGACAAAUUCUAAUACAUGAUUCAUCCUAGACUGUUUGUGUAUAUUGUAGGGUAAUACUCUCCUACCUGUAAGACCCAAAAUGGUAUGGUAUACACAUAAUAAAAUACCCAGAUGUAAUGUUGUUCUGCAAUGUGAAUUGGGUCCCCUAUAUACUUCAAAUGAACAUGCAACUUGGUUCAAAUUAUGUAAUGAAUGAUAAGUAAUGUGCAGAUAACAUGGCAAAUUUAGGAAGGACAGGAAAGUGGUUCCUUGGUAGUCUGCUCAUCAUCAUCCUCAACCUGCUUUCGGAAAAUGAUAGCAUUUCCGGCUUGCAUUUGUGCCCCUGGUUACAUUAAUGACAUACCAUUUGUAUGUUCAAUUUCUGGAGACAAGGCAAAGCUGUUCACUUGUUCCUGAGAUCAUUUUGGGGUAUUCAGAUUUUCCGAAUAGUCCUCUUCUCAUCCCAAGCCAGCAGUGCAGCUGCUAAUAUCACGCCCUGUCUGGUACAGUUGCCAUUAGUAUAUAAUUUAUUAUGAUUAAAUAAAUAAACGUGGCAAAAGGCAUGAUUUUUGUUUGUUUGUAAUGCUGUGCAUGUGUGAUCUAUUUCGACCCCCCCCACAUUGUAUCUGUCGAGUUGUUUUGUAACGAUGAAAAACUCUGUAAUCAGCUACACUUGUCUUUGCUUUGGUUCGGAGGGACCACAUCUUCCAUCUAAAAGAUGGUUCCUGUAUUACUUGGAAUUUUAUUGUUUUCUUUUGCACAUUGUACAGCAAGAGAAUGACUUGCUACGCACUGGCUGCAUUGUAUACUGUGUAUACACCCAUUGGCCAGUGCACAAAUAAAUAAUGUAAAUAUCUUCCUAUUUUUAUUAUUUUGCUAUCACAUCUGUUAAUUGUUCUUUGUCUUCAAGGUAUUUAUUCCAAAUAAAAGUCAUUUAGAAUGUU